CAAUGGCUUGGUGUGGGAGACAAAGGAGGAGUGAGGCCGAAGGAGAAGGGAGGGGGGAACAAACCAUACACACAAGGCGGCCCCCACCCCGCACACAACCCAUAGUUCAUUCUGCAAAGAAGAGGAAACGGUGCAAGAGAGACAGGAAGCACGCACCUAAGGUUGAGAAAUUGUUUGCAAGGCUGCUAGAGAGUAGGGAUGGAUCUGUCCAUCUCAGAAAUGGAUUUUGCAAGGAGCUGAGCUCCUUGCAUGCACUGGGAGACUGCCCCGCUGUCCUUCCUUCUCUUCCUCCUCAUUCAGUUUCCCGCUCGAUUCUCCCUUUGGGCAACUGGAUGUGGUGAAAGGCCCUCCUGAGUGCCGCAAUGUCACCCGAUGAAGUCAUCUACUUGGCAGUGCUUCUCGUUUCCAUCCCCAUUGGCUUCUUCUUCAAGAAAGGGGAGCUGAGAGUCAAGCAAUUUGGGGGGGCAGCUGCUGGACUUGUGCUUACACUGGCCACUUGCCACAUCCACAUCUUCCACUCGCUCAUCACCAUCCUGGGGACAUGGCUUAUUAUCAACAUCUCGCCAAGGGCUUCCCACUAUCUGACACUUGGAUGGACCUUUUCCUACCUGUUCUUUUUCCGCACAGUUACCUCCUUUGGCUUCCCAGAACCAACGCCUUUUACCAAUGCCAUCCAACUCUUACUCACUCUCAAGAUGGUGAGCUUAGCCAAUGAAGUAGAAGAACUAACUCAGGCGAAGAAGCAGGAAGUGACAUCAUUUGCCAAAUCUCCUGUGAUUGGUGUGAUCCCUAAAAUGCCUGGACUGGUGGAGAUACUGUGCUACAGUUACUGCUAUGUGGGGCUCAUGACAGGCCCAUUUUACCGCUACCGUACUUACCACGAUUGGCUGAACCAGCCUGAUUCCACAGUCAUCCCUAGCUGGAAACCGCUGCUUUCCAGAAUGAAAAUGAUCCCCAUCUUUGGGGCCUUUUUUCUGGUGGUCUCUCACUUCUUCCCCCUCUAUUACGCCCGAAAUGAUGACUUCUACGAGCGAGGACUUCUUUUCCGCCUCUUUUACAUGAUACCCAUCUUCUUCGUCUUCCGCAUGCGCUUCUAUGUUGCCUGGCUAUGUGCCGAAUGCGCCUGCAUCGCUGCUGCCUUUGGUGCUUAUCCAACCACCGCCAAAUCGCGAUCGGGUGGUGGGCCCACUGUGGAAUAUGAGCCACUCAGCAGCAAAUCAGCUAAAGAGGAAGUACCCGGCAUCACUUAUGAUUAUGAGACAAUCAAAAACAUUGAUCCACACGGCACUGACUUCUGUGUCAAGGUGAAGGACGGCAUGCGCUAUUGGAACAUGAGUGUCCAGUGGUGGUUGGCACAGUACAUUUACAAAAGUGCACCUUUCCGCUGCUAUGUCUUGAGGAGUGCCUGGACGAUGCUCAUCUCUGCAUACUGGCAUGGGAUUCACCCUGGCUACUACCUCAGCUUCCUUACCAUCCCACUAUGCCUGGCAGCUGAGGGGGCAAUGGAGAGCGGCCUCUUGAAACACCUCUCCCCUGCUGGUCGUCUCUAUGGCGAUUGGGUGCAGUGGUUCCUGAAGAUGAGGGCCUACGACUAUAUGUGCAUGGGUUUUGUGCUACUCACCUUUGAGGACACCAUCCGCUACUGGAGGUCCAUCUAUUACUGCAUCCACUUGGGGGCACUGGCCUUCUUCUUGCUGGGGAAGGUAUUAGGCCUCCGGAGGGAGCGGGCCUCCCAGAAGGACAAAGAUGGAGCUGUGGAGAAACCGCAGCGGCAGGAGUGAUGGGGCUGAGGUCAGCAUAAGCCCAUAGUGUGGGUGCUCCCAAAUGCCCUGGAGGCUGAGGAAGCAGAUGAGACUCAACACAAGACUUAUUUUUUUAUGUGUGUUUCAUCGUUGAAACCAUAAUUGAGGAUCCCAAAAUAAGGAACCAGGAAUUGUGCCUCCAAGACUCUGCUCUUCACCUACUUGUAUACCUGAGAACUUAGGAACCUCCGGUGCCACCUCACUUGGCACCAGUAUUUCCCCAGGGGGAAACUCCCAGAAAUCUUAAGUUUGAACAUUUUUGCUUAUUAGAUUUACCUAUUACCUUUCAUUCCUCGUCCAAGAAAGUUCAGGAGUCCUGGCUCCUAGCAUCUCUCUGAAACUUAGUUUCUUUUUCUUUUCUUUUCUGAAAUAUCCAAAACGUUCCCAUUUUACAGAAAGUCAAACUUGGAGCUUUGCAAGAAUGAGCUGAGCUCCAUCUCUUGCCUGAUUCCCAGCAGUUCCUGGCUGUUCUUAUAGGGAUUAUUGAUUUUUAUGCCACAGUUGUAUCCUUGAAAGUGUGGGAUGGCGGGCAUUAUGGAUUUGCUUCUGGAUGGUAGGUCAGCUGAGGAAACAUAGCCAACCAGGUUAAGUCUGCUUGCAGAUAGCUGUCUCUAGUGAGCUAUGCAAAAACCUGUGAGGGUCUGGCCUAGCCCAGAAUCGGUGACCUCCCCACUCCAAAAUAGGGGUGAGAUUCUUGGAGGUGAAAAGACACUUCUGGGUCUGGCAUUCAGCACAGCAAGACUAGUUUUACUAAUGUGGAGUGGAAGAGGCCACAAACUAGCAGUAAAAUGAAAUUUUGGCAUAGCAAAACUGAUCCACUUAAAAUGUAUCAGUGGUGAACUUCAGUUAUAGGGAGCUUGUUCAAGUGCAGCAAAUUCAAUUUUGGGUUUUGGACCCCAGAAUUUGUUUUAGGACACACAGACCCUGGUCUGAAGGCCCUGAAAAGUAUGUGUAUUUGCUUGGGAGCCCUGGAAGGUGGGUUUUACAUUGCAGAAUCCAAGGCUGAUGGUUUCUGUGAUUUUUACCUGCCUCAAGAAUAAUGUCGUUAUGUUCUAAAGAAAAUUAAUGGUGAAACAGCUUGUCUGUAAACAUAAUUUGUGGCCCAGGCUGACACAGGUUUAUUGGAAGCCCAACUGGAAAAUAAAGGUUUUGUUAAGAA